AUGCAAGCUGCAAAAGCUAAAGGGUACUGUAUUUGGAUGUAUUUUCAUAAAGAAAGGUCUCAAACUAUGUUGUAUUCUAGGGUGACUCUUGCUGCCGCUUUUCCCGUACUACAAACGGCACCUACAUCUCUGCUACCAGCACCUAUAUCUCUACUACCAACCCCGACACUACUUGUUCGUCCAAGUGUUAUAUCAACCGAUUAUCAACAAAUUCCAAGUGAAUCUUGGUCUGAGCAACAUGUUCGCGAUUUUCUUUUUGAUAAGAAAUUAGAUGAGAUGAUUUUAUUAACUAAAGAUAUGAAUGGUGAAGAACUUUAUGAAUUAUUAAGACAAUGUCAUCCACAACUAGAACGUUGGUUAAUGUUUGAUCGUCUGAAUAAAGAGUUAGAAAAACGACAUCAACAAACACUUCCAAUAUCGGUUUAUCUACGAUUUUUGAAGCAAACACUCAAGUAUUCAAGUGUAUCAUUAUUUUAG